CCAGAGGACGCGGCAGGGGCCUUGCUCCAGUGACCCAGAGCUGUCAACUGAAAUGACCCUUUCUCUGUGGUACUCUGGCAGGAUGUAAGAAAGGCAGGAAAGAAAACAACAAAAAGCCUGGAACUCAUCUCGGCUGCACUGACGCUAAACGUUUUUUGGUAAGAAAGCGAAAGAAAAAAAUCGGAAGUGACGUCGUGGCCAAAACAAGCCGGGGCUCGCGGGCCUGUGCGGAAUCUGUGGCCGCUCAUGGAAAGGCCUGAUUUGCUCCCUGCUGUCGAAGGUGGUCGCAAGGCUGUGCUGGCCUUCCCGCCCCUGUCCCCAGGAUUCUCGCGCUGCGGGUGACCGAGUGUCCGUCUGGGACCUCUCGGGCAUAGCAGUUCGGUGGCGACGGAGCGGACUUCCCAUCCUACAGGUGUCCCGGGAACACCGAGACACCUGUGGCCCGCGAGGCACACUUCAUUUCACAGCGUCCUCCUUCCUUGUAGGACAGGCUCGGGGUUGUUGGUGUCCACUAGGUGCUAGCACAGGUCGUACCCCUGGGCUCCGACAGAUCGGGGCGAGCCUGGCUGCCCUUGGCCCUGGCGUCCCCUCUGCAGAGUCGUGCCCAGAUUUUUUAAUAUUCAAGUUCCAAGAAUACACUGGAUACCUAUCUUAUAAGAGGAAAUUAUGAAGAAAUGUUUUAAUUAUUGAAACCAUAGUGGAGAUCAUGGCUACAUCAGCAAAUGUGGACCUUGGAGCCCAACUUAUAGUGGAAGAGUGUCGCAGCAGUUACAGCCUCACUGGCAUGCCAGACAUUAAAGUAGAACAUUCACUGGACCUGACUUCCGAGGAAGGACCAGCUCAGGGCGUUGCAAUGGGAAUGAAAUUCAUAUUGCCUAACCGAUUUGAUAUGAACGUGUGUUCUCGAUUCGUGAAGUCCUUGAAUGAAGAAGAUAGUAAAAAUAUUCAAGAUCAGGUUAACUCUGACUUGGAGGUGGCAUCUGUCCUAUUUAAAGCUGAAUGCAAUAUCCAUACAUCUCCUUCUCCUGGAAUUCAAGUAAGGCAUGUCUACACUCCCUCUACAACAAAGCAUUUCUCACCCAUAAAGCAGUCAACUACUUUAACCAACAAACACAGAGGAAAUGAGGUAUCUACCACACCUCUCUUAGCAAAUUCAUUGUCUGUGCACCAGUUGGCAGCUCAGGGAGAGAUGCUCUACCUGGCUACUCGUAUCGAACAAGAAAAUGUUAUCAAUCACACGGAUGAAGAAGGAUUUACUCCUCUGAUGUGGGCUGCAGCACACGGGCAAAUAGCUGUGGUAGAGUUUCUACUUCAGAAUGGUGCUGAUCCCCAACUUUUAGGAAAAGGUCGAGAAAGUGCACUGUCAUUGGCAUGUAGUAAAGGUUACACAGAUAUUGUCAAGAUGCUGCUUGAUUGUGGAGUUGAUGUAAAUGAAUAUGAUUGGAAUGGAGGCACACCUUUGCUUUAUGCUGUACAUGGGAAUCAUGUGAAAUGUGUGAAGAUGCUCUUAGAAAACGGAGCUGACCCAACAAUUGAAACUGACUCUGGGUAUAAUUCUAUGGAUUUAGCUGUAGCCCUGGGCUAUAGAAGCGUUCAACAGGUUAUUGAAUCACAUUUGCUGAAGCUGCUUCAGAAUAUCAAGGAGUGACCCCAUCCUCAGAAACUGUUGUCAGCCCUUCCUCUCACUUUUUGAUCCUUAUAAAUGAUAGUUUUGUUUACUUAUAAAUUUUUACCUCAGUUGCAAUAUUUUCUGACUUUUAAUAUGUUUUUAUGCCUCUGGGUAAUUCACUGGUUUAUAAAAAAAUUAAUGCUUUUUUUAUAAAUGUGUUUUAAAUUUAUAUUUAAAAUUAUAAAUUAAUGUUUUGGGCAUGUAAAUUUUUAUCAUACAGAUAGUUAUUUGUCUUUGUAUCAAGUGCUGUAAUUUGACACUUUGAAUAUUGUUCCACACUUUUCAUCUUUACUCUUGUAUUAACUCAGUGACUUUACAUGGGGUUUGCUAUAAAUCCAUAGGGGGAAAAAUGUUAUUGUUGAAUCAAAAAGUGCACAGUGUGAUUGUUUACAAAAUGAUAUUAUAAAUAAAGUACUUUUGUCAGUUUAUAUUCUAGUUUGUAAUUAUAUAAGGUUGUUAGAAAUUUCUUUAGCAUUUUUAGUUUCAGCUUUCUGUCCUGAAAGUCCAUCAACAAAGAUUUAUUAAGUGUCAUUUCCAGAUGUAUAUUUAGAAUAUUUCUCUCUUGUAAAUUAGCUUUUUAGAGGAAAAAUCCUCCAUGAAAGGGAAGUCAAUUCUUCAGUCCAGGUGAGGUAUUCUUAUGUCUACGAAAGGAGCACUAGAAACUCAUGGGAGAAGUUGACUUGACCAUUGUGUGCAAAACUCAAUGGAGUUAAGUCACUUCCUCUGGAAAGUAGACAUUGUAUCAGCUAUGGUACUUUGGGUGUAAGCCACAUAAACUUGAUCUGGCUAACUUAAGCCAGACCAAGAGAAAUUAAUGGAAAACUGAAGAAGUAGGCCAUCCCAGGGAGUGAAGGUAGAUUAAGGAUCCUAGGCA